AUGACUAUGUACUGGUUUCUUUUAUGCAGCUAUAUUGAGUUUUAUGAUGUCAUGUCUGUCCCCAUGGCAAUAGCACUUUCGGGCCAACCACUUCUAGGUCAACCAGUGAUGGUGAAGCCAUCAGAAGCGGAAAAGAAUUUGGUUCAGUCCAUAACAUCUGUUGCUAGUGGACCCACUGGACUUAUAGGUCCCUAUUCUGGGGGAGCAAGAAGGCUCUAUGUUGGAAAUCUACAUAUUAGUAUGAGUGAAGCAGAUAUUCGUAAGGUGUUUGAAGCAUUUGGUCAAGUUGAGCUAGUCCAGCUGCCUCUUGAUGAAAGUGGGCACUGCAAAGGUUUUGGCUUUGUGCAGUUUGUACGCCUUGAAGAUGCACGAAAUGCUCAGAGCUUGAACGGACAAUUAGAGAUUGGUGGUAGAACAAUCAAGGUGUCGGCUGUUACUGAUCAAUCUGGAAUGCAAGAAGUUGGAGGAAAUACUGGUGAUUUUGAUGAUGAUGAAGGAGGUGGCUUGUCAUUGAAUGCAUGUUCUCGAGCAAUGCUCAUGCAGAAGUUGGAUCGCAGUGGCACUGCAUCAAGCAUGGUUGGUUCCCUGGGUAAUUCUGUUGUCAACAACACUGGUCUUAAUCUACCAGCAACAGGAAACAUAAUCGCAGCUGUGCCCAUGGGUUCUCCCCUUUCUUCUGUUCCUGCAGUAGCUGGAUUGGCAGGCGGAGGUCUCCAAAUUCCUACGGUUACAAUUCCUUCUAUUGACACAAUCGGUGCUCCAAGUGAAUGCUUAAUGUUAAAGAACAUGUUUGAUCCCAAAGACGAGACUGAACCAGAUUUUGAUUUGGAUAUUAAAGAAGAUGUUGAAGCAGAAUGCUCCAAGUUUGGGACGUUAAAACACAUACAUGUUGAUAAGAAGAGUGCUGGUUUUGUCUACUUACGUUUUGAAGUUACCCAAUCUGCAAUAAGUGCUCAGCGGUCCUUGCACGGAAGAUGGUUUGCUGGAAAGAUGAUCACUGCAAGCUUCAUGGUGCCCCAGUCAUACGAGGAUAAAUUCCCAGACAGCAUAUAA